AUUCCUGUUUGGGGGAGUUAAAAGAUAUAACUUUAAGUAUGAACAUUUUUAAAGCGGAUUACUUCGAAUAUGUCAACAAGUUUCAAAUCAAUUUUUAAGGAAUUAGUAGGGCCAAGCCAUUUUUUAAAAACUGAAUAACAAUACUUGAUUUGAAAAACUAACUUUUAAUGGUAAAUGGUAAUGUUUUAAAGUUUUAAUCAAGCAAUCGAAUAGGCUUUGACUAGCUGAAUCAUCAGAAAAAUAAGUUGCUUUCGAGUCUAAGAACGUUUCGCACUAAAAAAUAGUUGGAAUAAUGAAUUUCGGAAUCUUUUUCGUGCUGUUCGUGCUUUGUGCCGCCACACUUGCUGUGGGUGGCAUAGUCCUGGCCAACGUGAUGACCGGAACGGGUGAGCGAAUGGGUCUCGGCUGGGCUCUGUACACCUCGAAUCCCUUCCUGUGGUCAGGCUUGGGAAUCUUCCUCGCCUGCGCCCUGUCUGUUCUGGGCGCUGCCAUGGGGAUUUACAUGAUUGGGUGCAGCGUGGCUGGUGGCGGAGUGCGAUCCCCCCGCAUCAAAACCAAGAAUCUGAUCUCGGUCAUCUUCUGCGAGGCGGUGGCCAUCUACGGCCUCAUCACGGCCAUCCUGCUCUCCGGCUCCGUUCAGCGGUUCAGCAGCGAACGACUGAUCACCGACCGGACGGUGAUUUCGACCAACAUGUUCACGGGAUUCGCUGUUUUUGGCGCAGGUCUUUGCGCGGGACUGGUGAACGUGACCUGUGGCGUGGCAGUGGGCGUUGUGGGUUCCGGCGCUGCCCUGGCGGAUGCGGCCAACUCGGCGCUCUUUGUCAAGAUCCUCAUCGUGGAAAUCUUUGGCUCGGCCAUCGGCCUGUUUGGCCUGAUCGUGGCCAUCUACAUGACCUCGAAGGCAGAGAUGAUUAACUAG